UUGUCGGACAGUACACAAGACAAACAUACAGAUAGACAAGGGACGAAGGGACCAGCUACUGGAUCAGAGAACACAACAGUCGCCAUGGGAGCCUCAAUUGUGGAAUACUUUACUUGCCUUCUGCUUCUUCUGGCAUUGACCAAGGUCCAUGGAGGUCCAGUCUACAGCUCCAUGAUAUCAUCAGACCUGUCCGAUCUAAAGGGUCUCCUGGAACGCUUAGAAGAUAAGAUUCCCAUAGAAGAACCAGAAGUCCCAGCUCAAGACUUAUUUAUGGGAAACUACGAUUCAUCCGAUUCCCUCCAGUCUUCAAAUGCAGCUCCAUCCUGGCCUGGAGAAGCCGCCCGCCCCCCUGCAGACAUGGGCUAUAACAGAGGGUCCUGGGCCCAGGCUGAUAGAAUCUCUCCACUGAAGAAUAAGCUGCGAGAGCUGUUGAACGCCCCCCGGAGCAUGAGGCGGUCUUCAGACUGCUUCGGGUCUCGGAUUGACAGAAUCGGGGCUCAGAGUGGCAUGGGAUGCGGCCGUCGGUUUUCAAGAGAAAGUGAAGCACAACAAGUACAGAACUAAAAGAUGAUCAGCGCCGACGUCAGGAGCCCGGUUCAUCAUUCUAAGAGGGACAGUCACCCCAAAAAUGAAAAAACAAA